AUGGAAUCACUUGAUACCCUAGUUCAGCGAUGGUUAGAAUGGGACCAGGACCCUUCCUCUCGCAAGGAGAUCGAGAAACUCCAGGCGGACAAAGAUGAUGCAGGCCUAGAGAAGCGUCUACGAGAGCGCAUCCAGUUUGGCACGGCUGGCCUACGGGGUAGGAUGCAGGCUGGUUUCUCAUGCAUGAACUCACUUACCGUCAUCCAGGCGUCCCAAGGGCUGGCCAAGUUUAUCAAAGCAGCUCACGCAGGCGCAGAACAGCCAUCAGUGGUGAUAGGCCAUGAUGCUCGACAUAAUUCACAGAAGUUCGCUUUCCUUGCGGCCAACGCUUUUGAAGCCGAAGGUAUACAUGUUUGGUGGUAUGACAGUGUUAACCCUACUCCAUUUGUGCCCUUUGCCGUUCUGCUCAAGAAGGCAAAUGCCGGAGUCAUGGUUACCGCUAGCCAUGUAAGCAUCUCUUUUUUUCGUGAAUUAAAGGGCCGCGGAUAUUUCUCAAAUGGGGCCCAGAUCAACUCCCCGAUUGAUGGUCGGAUAGCCGAAUCAAUAAGUGUCAACUUGGUUCCUUGGGCCAAUGCAUGGCGUGGGAUUGAUGGCCCUCAGACCAGAGAGUCAGACCUCCAUACAGAGGUCUUAGCUCUGUACUGUGAAGCCGUCAAUCGAUUUGCUAAAUCAACCGUGGACACUUGGCGACUGCCCAGUAAAUUUGUUUAUACACCAAUGCACGGAGUUGGUCACGCUACCAUGUCUAAACUUUGCGACUCAUUAGGCAUUCAAGGAAUCAUAACAGUUUCUGAACAGGAGCAGCCUGACCCUGACUUUUCAACUGUUAAAUUCCCAAACCCAGAGGAAAAUGGUGCUUUAGACCUGGCCAUGAAAACAGCAGAUAAGGCUGGUGUAACCUUAAUAGUUGCCAAUGAUCCAGAUGCGGAUCGGUUCGCGGCCGCUGAGAAGAUCAAUGGCUCCUGGUUCAGAUUCACCGGUGACCAGAUAGGAGUUCUCCUGGCAUCGCAUCUCCUGGAUUCAUGGAAGAAAGAGAAAACCAAAAAGCCUAUGGCUAUGCUUAACUCGGCGGUAUCAUCAAACAUGUUGUCAAAAAUGGCUGAGAAAGAAGGCUUCCACUUCGAAGAGACUUUAACUGGUUUUAAGUGGAUGGGGAAUGUUGCCCGACAGCUUGAAACCCAAGGCUAUGAGGUACCAUUUGCAUUUGAAGAGGCCCUGGGGUACAUGUUCACCAAAGUUUGCUAUGACAAGGAUGGACUCACCGCUGCCAUGGUAUUUUUGGCAGCUGAGGCAAAAUGGAAAGAACAGGGCCUUACCCCAUUCGGGAAGCUUGAACAGCUCUACGAAACCUACGGAUAUCAUGAAAAUCUCAACACUUACUUUGUCUCGCCAAGCACGGAAAGCACUACCUCCCUGUUUGAAAGUAUUCGAAGGAAUACCCUCGAUGUCAAAGGCACGAUUGGAUCAUUUCCUAUCAAUAGAUGGAGAGAUAUGACCAGAGGCUUCGACUCAGAUACCGCGGAUAAACGGCCAGCGCUCCCCGUAGAUCCCGCAAGUCAGAUGCUCACUAUAUGGUCACAUCGAGGCGUUCGGUUUACAAUUCGAGGCUCAGGCACAGAGCCGAAAGUUAAGAUUUAUAUCGAGAGUUGUGGUGCUUCACGCAACGAUGCAGUCGAAGCCGUUUGCAAUUUGUUGACUGCCGUCCUAGAGAAUUGGAUUAAACCAUUCGCUCCAGCCAUGACCUACUUCAACAGUAUGACAACUUCAUCUGGACAUAUUUUGAAGCUUGCAUAA